UUUAUAAACACAGCUCCACUCCCAUACUGACUAUGGCCUGCCACAACAAUACACAGGCAUUCUUAUUUCUAAAAACUGAAAAUGGCUUCCACCGCCGCCCUCUCCACUUCCACGGUCAGCAGCACCUCAUUCGUCCGCCGCCAGCCAGUGAGGAGUCUAUCCUCCCUCCCAAACUUUAAGCAGGCUCUUUUCAGGCUAAAACCCCAAAGAGGUGGGCGUCUUACAAUGACAGUAUACAAAGUAACGCUGCUCACUCCGGAAGGACCUCAAGAGUUUGAGUGCCCAGAUGAUUUGAAGAUCCUGGACGCGGCGGAGGAGAAUGGGAUUGAUCUUCCGUACUCGUGCAGGGCUGGUGCUUGCUCUUCAUGUGCUGGGAGAGUCAAAGAAGGCAGUGUGGACCAGUCUGAAAAUAGCUUCCUUAGUGAUGAACAAAUAGAAGAAGGCUUUGUUCUCACUUGCGUUGCUCUCCCAACAAGUGAUGUCGUCAUUGAAACACACCGGGAGGAAGAUCUCGUUUAAAGCAAUUGGGUUUUCAGGGUUUUUUUUCUUUGGGGGGACUUUUAGUGUUGUUUAAGGGAUGUGUUUAUUGUUAAUGUUCUUGAAUGAAUUCCAUGUUCUUUUAAGGUUUUGUUGUUCAUUUUUGUAAUCACAAAAAUGGAAUCAUUGUAGCCCUAAUAA